AUGCAAAGUGUAGUACAGCAACAGCAACAAGCACAAGGAGUUGUAGCACAACCUGGCCCUGGACGUCCACCCGGAGCCCCUCCACAGCAAGCCCAACGACCAACAUAUCCUUCUGGAGCCACCCCGCAACCACCACCGCAGUACGCCUAUCCUACCGGUCAACCAGCUGGCUAUCCACAAGCUCAGUCAGCUCAAGCAGCAGCGUAUCAGCAGCAGAUGUACCAGAGACAGCAACAGGUUCGAGUUUUCCAAGUUUUAUAA